AACUGCAAUGAACCGAGUCGUCUUCCCGCUGAUGAGCCUCCUUCUCGGCCUGGCCCACGCCAGCUGCCUCGGAGGACACUGCGGCAGCGCUCCAAGCUACGGAUUUGGCGGGGGAAGCGCCGGAUCCCUCGUAGGCGGCUCCUUCGGUAGUGGCGGAGGGGGGUCCUUCGGUGGCCUCAGCACCCGCUACAGUGGCCUGCACAGGGGCUUUGGAAGUGUUGCUGGGUCGAUAGGUGGAUUUGACGGAGGCAGCCGUCGACCUUUCGGGGGCAUCAGCACAAGCUAUGGCGUCCCAACGCGUAGCUUCGCAGUUGGUCUCGGUCGACGUGGAGUAUCAGGUGGAUCCUUUGGGGGGAGAUACUUCGGGGGUGGAUCUUACGGAGGAUUCUCCGGUGGGCAAAGUUCUGUUUCCGGUCUCCCGAGACACAGCUUCGGAGGAGCUACCGGAUCCUUCGCGGGUGGCUUUGGAUCCAGUGGAUUUGGAGGAGGAUCCUUCGGUGGUGGAUCCCUAGGAGGCAUUAGCACAUCAUACGGCGUCCCUACCAGGACCUUCGGAAACACCGGAGGCUCCUUAGGCGGCAAUUCCUUCGGAUCUGUAGUUCAUGGCGUUGGAUCCUUCGGAGGCCUUGGGGGUGCCCGUGGCCUGUCCUCUAGCUACCUGCCUCCUCACAAGAAGUAAAGGCUUAGGUAAGUCCUGCGCGCCCUGUCUGGUUGCGGAAAAUGUUAUUUAUUAUC